AUGGCUAACCCUUCGGUGUAUGUGCCAGCGAUUGCUGUGGCUCACACGUUGGGCCUGAUCCUUCUCUUGUACAGCUUGGAGAAGGUCUUCGGCAUCUUUUCCAAGCUAUCACGACGAUUGAGACGGCGUCCGAAGGUCGAGAAGGUUGCAUCAAAGAAGGUGGGCUUUGAGCCGAGGGAGGAGAAUGGCAGCACGAUCCACAAGAUCGAGGAGGAGGAGACGGACGACGCGGCUUCCAUCGCUUCAAGCAGCUCCGAUGACGGAGAUACUGUGCGCAGCAACCACGACUGGGACUCCAGUGCCGACGCGAGGGCAAGGGCAGGCAUCGUUGCCGAAGCCGAGCCCCACGUCCUGACACCUCCUUGGAUCAGGGGCUGUGCCUGCCAGGAGAUUCUGGUGCAGGGGGCCUGCAAGCAUGACAACCGCUGGGUGCCACGCCACAUCAGUGGCAGGCAAGAUGAGGAGGAUGGCCACGCCACAGCAGCCUCAGAGCGCGACCAACAGAUGCUCCUCGACUACCCUGCAGAACUGGCCUGGAGCGGCCUAGCCUGCUCGGUGCUGGACAAGAACACAAUGCAGCAGAAGCAGAUUCUGUACCCUUCUUCUGGCAUGGUGGUCCCAGGAGAGAUGUGCGCCCUUGUGGGCAAGUCCACUCUCCUGGACAUCCUAGCCAUGCGCAAGGGAGGCAAGCUCAUGGGGCAGGUGUGGAUGAACGGCGCGCCGCUGGGGGAGCGGUUCAAGCGUUGCAACGCGUACGUGGCGCAGGAGGAUGUGUUUGUGCCGACGCUGAGUGCGUGGGAGACGCUGCACUUCCACGCCAUCCUGCGCCUGCCCAGGGGCACCAGCCGCGCCGACAUCAAGCAGCGCAUGGACGAUGUCAUGGCAGUCAUGGGCCUCUCACGAGUCCGCACCACCCAGGUGGGAGGAGCUCUGCCAGGAGGCAUCUUGGUGCGAGGCCUCAGCGGGGGUGAGAAGCGGCGGCUGACGAUAUCGUGCUCGCUGAUCGCCAAGCCGAGCAUCCUGUUCUUGGACGAGCCCACGACUGGGCUGGACGCGUUUGCGGCGCUCAACAUAAUGGACCACAUGUCGUGCCUGGCAGCGCUGGGCCACACCAUCAUUGCCUCCGUGGUGGUGCUGUCUGAGGGGUACCAGCUGUACGCUGGCGACCCGAGCCAGGCGGUGCAGUGGUUCAGCGGCACGCUCCAGUACACCUUCAGCCCAGACAAGGACGGCACUGUCCCCGACUGGCUCAUGGACAUGGUGUCUGUCGGAUUCACAAAGCCAAAGGAUGUUGCUGCACGGUCGAUGACGUCACGGGAGGAGGUGGCGAUAGCGGCGGGGGAAUGGGCCGCGCGUUGCGCCAAGGUGGACAACCCCGAGGGGAACGCCAUCCGAGACCUGGCCGCCAACGCCACGUCAGAGGCCAGCUCAGUGCACAAGCUCUCCCCCUGGUCUCGCAGCCGCUACGCCUCCAACUGGGGAACACAGUAUGUGGUCCUGCUGAAGCGCUCUUUGCUGGCGCAACUGAGGAAUCCCACCGACACCACUGCGCGCCUGCUGCUCUCCACCUGGGUCGGCAUGCUUGCCGGGCUGACGUUCUACAACAUCCCGGAGGGAGCGAGCGCGUCCUUCAGGCGCAUGGCAGUCAUCUUCUUCAUCAUGCUACUGUUUGAGCUGCUGCCAUUCUGCUACAUGUCCUUCUAUGUCUUCGACCGCAAAUUCUUCAUGGCCGACCGCGCCGCUGACCUGUACCAUACCUCCGCCUACUAUGUCGCCCACACAACCGCAAGCCUGCCGUUCGUGAUAGUAAAUACCCUGUGCGGGGCCUACUCUGUUUACGGGCUGGCGGGAUUGCACUACGAGUGGCGCGCAAUCCUGCUCUACGGCGUGAUAAUGGUGCUGCAGUCCAUCAUUGCCAUCCAGCUCAUGAUCUUCUGCGUCUACCUCACCCCCAAUCAGGACUUGGCGUACAUAUUGGCGACAGGCUAUGUGGCGAUGUCAAUUCUGCUGUCUGGGUUCCUGCUGCGGCCCAGCCAGCUGACAAUUCAGCCCCUGCUGUGGCUUUCCUAUGUCUCCUACCCCAGAUGGACAUAUCAGGGCCUGGCACGAAAUGAACAAGCUGGAGUGCUGUUUUGGCCGCCCAAUUGCCCCAAGAACCCCAGCCCCGGCAAGCCUUGCUGCUUCACGAUCACACAGAAUGCUCAGCUGGCGGCACAAGCAGCAAGCCAGGGGUUCACCUGCCACCCCACAGCCACAGGAGACCAGAUCCUGCAGUACUGGGAGCUGACACUCACCAUUGGAGAAGUCAUAGCAGUCCUCGUCGGCUUCUACGCCUUCUUCCAUGUUGUGUCCUUCAUCGCACUGUCUGCUCUGUACCGCCAGAAGCGAUGA